AGGUAUCCGCGCUAUCGAAAUACCUAGGCGGUUGAACGGGAUCAUGCCGGGCACCUGCAUUGAAAUCACCUAGGUGAACCUGAGCUUACAAAGUAGAUAUAGAAGAAUAUAAACAUAAACAACGCCCAUGGAAGCGGGCUUUUCACUCCUUCCACCAUAUUCCGCCUCAGCUCUACACAACCAUGUCUCACAGUAAACGCAACACCUCCCGCGCAGUCUUCACUUCGUACGAGCGGGAUCAAGCGCGCAAGUCAUGGGCGUCGACCUCUGCGCGCCUCAACCGCGAUAGUUUUCUCCCUUUCGACGCCUGCCGCCUGUGUCUGGAGACAGCUAUCGACCCCGUAUCAUGCACCCACGGUGACAUCUUCUGUCGCGAGUGCGCCCUCAGCAACAUCCUAGCACAGAAAAAGGAGAUCAAGCGCCUGGGGAAGCUCAAGACGCAGGAAGAUCGUGACGCCCAGGAGCGCCAGGUCCAGCUAGAUGCCGAGGCUCACGAGCGGGCAGUGCGCGAGUUCGAGAUGACGCAGAACGGGCUCGAUGUGCGAUCGCGAAGCACUUCUACCCCGAGACUAGCUUCCGCGACCCAGAGGGAAGGAUCUUCAGCCGUCGAAGGCAGUGAUCGUCCCAACGGUGCCGGAAAGCGCAAGUUCGAAAUGGACGAGGACGAGAUACAGCGCAUAGCAGCCGACGACCGAGCCAAGGCGCGGAAAGCCAUUGACGACGAAAAGGCGGCCCAACCAACUCUACCUUCAUUCUGGGUUCCCACCGUGACGCCCUCGAGUAAUACCCGGGACACCCUCCACGAGGUCGUCAAGAAGACGAAGACGAGCCCCGUCUGUCCCGCGUCGCCCGAGGACAAGCCCCAUGCGUAUUCGCUGCACUCGCUAGUGACCAUCGACUUCACCACCGACAAAGACGGCGAUAGCAAGAGCGAGAACGGGAAGGCCGUGCGGAUAUGUCCCUCGUGCAAGAAAGGCCUAGGGAACUCCUCCAAGGCCGUGUUAGCGAAGCCGUGCGGACACGUGCUAUGCGGGAGCUGCGUGGAGAAAUUCAUGAAGCCGAGCAAGCACCACCACCACCACGACCCCCAUGCCACAGAGCCUCAGGCCUUGCGGUGCUACGUCUGCGACGCUGAUCUCGGAGGCGGCACUGCUCACGAAGAGAACCCCAAAGGCAAGAAGAAGGAGAAGGAGAAAGAGAAGAUCAAGCCGGGCUUGGUCGAGCUUAGGAGUGAGGGCACAGGGUAUUCGGCCGGUGGCGCCAACCAGGUGCGCAAGACCGGCGGUCCCGCGUUUCAGUGCUGAGCGGAUUUUCGAAUCUUACGUUGCGAUGACAUGCAUGUAUACUCGAAGAGCUGGUAAUUAGGGCGCUAAUAGUUCGCUUCGCGCCGCGGAUUUAACCCUGAAGUAGAACACGAGCUAGAAAACAGCAUUUCAGAUAUAUAGGCACAACUCCGCUGUUGUAAGUUUUACACCCCCUUUCUACUAGUCCCUUUUUUUCCAAGGUCUAUUUACAUGGAAGAA